UGAAGGAUGCAGGCCGAGACUUGACGUACCUCGGAGUCAUUCUGCUAGGUGUCGGGCUCACUGGCGCCUUGCUCUACCCAGUGUUCAUGGAGCUGUUCUCCUCCUGGAGUCCCAACAGAGUUUACACAUCUGCCUUGGGACGCUGCCGAGACCACCCUGAGGUCAUGGCUGCCCUUGGACUGCCGAUCAGUGGCUACGGGGAGACGACGCGCCGUGGCCGUAGACAGCAUGUCAGCCAUUUGGAGUUCGAGCAGGAAGGAGUGAAGCACAUGCGUGUCAAGUUCUACAUUAGUGGUAGCGAGCCGAUGGCAAAAGGCACAGUCCACGCAGAGGUGGUGCAGACUCCAAAAGGCAAGUUUGAGUUUAGAUAUCUGUUCGUGGAGCUGGAGACAUAUCCAAGACGCAUUAUAAUCAUAGAAGACAACCGCUGA